UAUAUAUUGGAUAUUGUUAUUAUUUUAGUAAAUUAAUUAAACAUUAUUCAUGUCAUCAGAACUUGAACCGCAUAUAUUGAAACGUUAUGAAAUUGAGAAGAGAAUAGGAAAAGGUGCAUAUGGAAUCGUAUGGAAAGCGAUCAAUCGAAAGACAAAAGAAGUUGUCGCUCUAAAAAAAAAUUUCGAUGCAUUUCGUAAUCAAACAGAUGCUCAAAGAACAUUUCGUGAAAUUGCAUUUUUACAAGCGUUUGGUAAUCAUCCAAAUAUUAUUGGUUUAUACAAUGUAAUACGAGCUGAAUGUGACAAGGAUAUCUACUUAGUAUUUGAAUACAUGGAGACAGAUUUACAUAAUGUAAUUCGUAAAGGGAACAUUUUGAAAGAUAUACACAAACAGUAUAUUAUGUAUCAAUUAUUUAAAGCAACUGCAUAUUUACAUUCUGGGGAAGUGAUUCAUCGAGAUUUAAAGCCAUCAAAUGUUCUACUGGAUUCUGAUUGUUUAGUAAAAUUAUGUGAUUUUGGUUUAGCACGUUCAUUAAAAGGUCGUAAUAUGAAAUAUGAUAAUGGUAAUGGUAAAAUCAAUUGUAAAACAUUACUACCUGCAUUAACUGAAUAUGUAGCAACACGUUGGUAUCGUGCACCAGAAAUUCUAUUAGCAUGUCAUGAUUAUACAAAAGGUGUGGAUAUAUGGAGUUUAGGUUGUAUCUUAGGUGAAAUGUUAAUUGGUACACCAUUAUUUCCUGGUACAUCAACAUUAGAUCAAAUUGGACGUAUUAUGGCUGGAUUACCAAAAUUAAGUAGAGAAGACAUGGAAAGUAUUAGAAGUCCAUAUAGCAUUUCAAUUUUGGAAAAAACCCAUAUCAAACGUCGUCCAUUAGAUCAAAUAUUAAAAAAUGCUAAUAAAACUGUAAUGGAUUUACUUAAUCAAAUGAUUAAUUUUAAUCCACAUAAACGAAUUGAUGCUUUAACUGCACUUAAACAUCCAUAUGUUCGAAAAUUUUUUAAUCCAGAAGAAAUCAUGAGUAAAACACAUAAUGUGGUUCCACCAUUAGAUGAUAAUAUUCAAUUAACUGUAACUGAAUACCGUAAUCGUUUAUAUCAGAUAAUUAACUCAAAGAAACUACGCAGACAUAAUCGAACUAAGGCGAUGGAUCAAUUACAAAAUGCAAUUCCGAAUACAACACAAACAGAGAAGAGUGAUUGUGAACUGACUGUUAGAAAUCAAAUAGCUGUGAAUAAAAUCACAUGUUCCGAACUGAGAAAUAAUCAUUUGGAAGGUGGAAAACAGUUAGAACCUAAUCAAACACCUUCAACUAUGAAUGUUAACCAUAAAUCAUUCAUUCAACCGGUAAAUCGUACCACUCCUGACCAAGAAUGUCAUAAAAAUUCUCAUUUAAAUGUUUGGAACCCUGAAAAUAUGAGACCUAUAUCUGAUUUGGCUACAUAUACAGUUAAAUCCAGCUCUUCAUUAUCUGUGGUCAGACCUUGUUCUCAUACAGAAUCUAUGACGAAUGUGAACAAUGAAGAAUUGUCAUGUGUUGGUGGGCAAAAUUAUAAUGAUUCCUCAUGUGAACAUGAAAAUAUCAACAGUACACAUACAGUAAUGGUAAAACCAUCUGACAUGGCCAAGUCGUCAUUCGAUCAAAAAUCUUCUAGUAAUCAUCUCAACACUUCAAUUCUUAAUAAGGAAUCAAGAAUAUGCAUUUCUACAAGUGAUUGUUAUCAUGUCAAUGAAGCUGAUAAUAAAACAUUCAGUCAUAGUAAUGGAAAUAUAUACGAACGAUGUAAUACACCAAGUAAUUUACGUAGUAAACAAAAACUAAAUGGAUCUAUUCAAAAUAAUUUAAAUUCUGGAAUUAAUCAACCAUAUAAUGAUCAAUUGGAUCCACAAACGAUGAAUAAUGAUACAAAUAGUAUUAAUGGUACACAUGACACAUGCAAGUUGAAUGGAUCCAGUUCAAUUAGUAGAAUUAAUAAUAAUAAUUCAUUCAGAAAAUCAUUUUCUUCCUUUAAUUUACCAUCCUCCUCAUCAUCAUCACCAUUGUCAACAUCCAUAAUUAAAAAUAAAUUCGAUCAAUUGAAUACUAAUCUGAUACAACCUAAUGAAUCAUUGAAUCACUCCUAUGGCAGUUAUCAAUAUCAACAACAGUCAGUAAGCAAUUCAACACUGAACUGUAAUUCAAAUGAACAAUUAAACAUCAACUGUACCAUGAAUAACUCAUUGGUUGAAAUGAAAAAACCGGAAAGUUUAUUAGAUAAAUCUGAUCAAGAAUUUGAGAAUCCGUUUGGAAAAACAUUGAUCUCGAUCAAUAAUAGACUGAAUCAUUUACUCAAAACUAAUUAUCCAUCUUCAUCAACAGUGAUAACAUCAUCAUCAUCAUCAUCAGACUGGCUAAAAUGUCAAAGUCCUACACCGAUUAAAUCAAAACCAUCAUCAUCGUCAUCAUCAUCAUCAACAACAACAACAACAACAAUGUCAUCAUCAUAUAAAUGGUUGAAUGCAAAUGAUAACAUUGAACAGAAUAAAUCGAAGUUUGUUACCAUGAAUAAAAGUCAUAAAUAUAAUUUUAGUAAAUCAACAAAUAAUUUAUUAAAUCAUUCAAAUAUCUUGAAUAAUAGUAGUUCAUUAAGCAGUGGACAAUUAACACCAUGUCAAAUUCAAACAACAACUAAUUUAAAUGAAGAACGAAAUUAUAAAAGUAUAUCUGAGAAUAAGAUUAAUGAGUUGGAUAUACAAAAUCGACGAUUUGCCUCAGCUCCCUUAUUACCUGCACCUUUAUUGACUGGAAAUAUCAUACGAAAUCGACCAGUCAUUAACAUCACAAGUACUACGACUACUACAACUACUACCAAAUCUACUGGUGAUAUAUUCAAUUCAACUAAACUUAAUUCUAAAUCAUAUUUAAUUAGUUCAAAUACUGGUUCAUCAUCAGUUAUUCGAUUACAUUCAUCUAGUGAAUUAAAUAAUUUAUUUCAAGACUAUAGGCUACGUAGAACAUCUAAGAGUACUUCGAUAGAUGAAUCAAUAUCUCCUGGUUGUGUUUCAUCUAAUGAUAUCCAUACUAAUAAUCAACGGCAUACGAAUAUCAAUAAUCAUCAUACUACUAAUUUGGCACAGUUUUAUCAUCCAAGUCAUUUACGAAAUGACAGUAUGCAACCGAAUCUCAAUGGAAUUCAUGGUCAGCACAGUGAUUUGGGGAAAUCAUCUGUAAAAUAUAUGUCGACAGCCUCUAAUAUAUUAGACAUUGCCACAGAGGCUUCAAAGAAUCCAAAGAUACAGUUAAGCACAAGCGAUAGUCAAGUAAAUCACGUCAUUCGAACCAAAUUUCUAUCCAAUGGAAUAUCCAACAAUACCAGUAGUCAUCAAAAAUCAUAUCGUACACUUUUACCAUCCACUAAUUUAGGACUUCAAUUUAAUACCAUAUCAGAUAGAACAAAAUGUUCCCAUUUAAAACAAUCCCAUAUAAAUAUCAACUCAACGUUAAAUGAUACAAAUAAAUUGAAUCAUGAAACAUUAUCAACAAACACAAAAUAUACACCAUUGAUAAAUCAUAAUCGACAACGUUUAAUACCACAACAUGUAUUGUCACGUUUAAAAUCAUUGAAAGAAAUGAACAAUAGUGAAAAUCAUUACAUGUAAGGUGGUAACAUCCAUAUUCACCAUAAUUGAUACCACUGUGUGAUAACUUUUCAAUAUUAUUAAUGUGAAUGAUAAUGAGAAUAAGUCUUUUUUUUAUAUUGUACACUUGAUUUAAAAAGAAAACAUGGAUUAUGAUGAACACUUCUAUUAGUUGUACUUGAUCAGAACACAUUUACACAUAGAUUCGAUUGCAUUCAAUAUUAAAUGAAAGAUUCUAUGACAUUCUACUGGAAUCCGUUGAAAUACAUGGUCACAUUGAUUUCAUUGAUGUUACAGAGAAAAAUCUAGAACUAAAUCAAAAUGAAUGAUGAUUAAGCAUUGAUGAUAUUGCUAAGUAUGGUGUUUCAAAGACACCCUAUUGAUAUGACUGCAUGGAAACAUUUUCGUUUUUUUCGGUCAUAAGAGAACUCACAAUUAUUUAGCUGCUUAUAAAUGUUUAUUGUAAAUAUUAUUCAACUUUUAUGUGGUUUCUAUUUAUCUUUAUUCUGAUGAAGCAUGUUUUGCAGUUGUUUCUCUGUUAUUGUACUGUGAAACCCUUAAAUAUUGAAUUGAACUUGUUUCUAUGAUUAUGGUAAUAAACAAUAUGUUUUUAGGUUUAUGAUUAAAUCUAAUGAAUUCCUAUUUGAUGGUC